CCAUGUGUGAGUGUAGACAACAGGAGAAGCUGAAGAAGAGAAUUGUUUGUUUUUAAGGACAAAGUAAUAAAAGUCCAUUACCUACAAUAAUGAACACAUUGUUAAGCAUUGCCAUUUUUGCUGGAUUGUUCUGUGCAAGCAGCCAGCAGGUGGCUUCUGACGCCAUGAUUCCAGUGGACCAAGAAUAUUGCUGGACCUCAUGGUACGACCGAGACCAUCCCAGUGGAACCGGGGACUGGGAGCUUUUGGUUGACCUGUGGACAGAAUACCCAGGACAAAUCUGUAACAAACCUGUGGCCAUUGAGGCACACACCUUAUCAGGCAUCCCAGCAGUUCUCACAGGGGAUGUCUACACCUCCCAUCCCCUUUAUGGAUUUGUUUGCCUCAAUAACCAGCAAAAAUCUCGGUCGUGCCUUGACUACAAAGUUCGGUUCAUGUGUCCAUGCAGAAGCGACUGAUUCCACCACAAACACUGCGAUGGAUGAAAAGAGAAAAUGUUCAAAUUUCGAUCACUUGAACUUUUGUCCGAUUUUUCUUUCAUGUUAUUUCUUCUCUCUUGUUGUGCCGGGUAGAGGAAGCAUUUUAGGUCUUUUUUGCAGCAAGCAAUUAGACUUAACUGUGUGAAGCUAAAUGUAGCUUAGCCAUUGCUAAUUCUAUUAUCCAAGCUUCUGCUUUUACCAUGUUAAAACCUCUUGUGGCAUGAGGCCCAUAUUGUGUUUUGUCAGUCCAUCUAUCUUCUUUUCUUUUUUGUGAUUGUUAAAUCAUUAUCUUGUAUUGUCAAGAAUAAAUCAACAGUACAAAUCAAUAAAACUGGCAAUAUACAACAAACUCAUUUUGUUGUUACGUUUUACUCAACAAAAGGAUUUGAUGUUUGGAACAGACGGUCUGAUCAGCUAUGAUACAAAGACUCUAGCCAAUGCAGGACACCGGUUUGACCUCAAUUUUAGACAGAGAUUGUGUACUUCUUAGGCACAGUCAUAACCUAAAGUUGUACAAGCAACUUUA